CAAAAACCCUGAAGGGAGGGGGGACAGUGCGUGAAGCAAGCAGGAGAUCACCAGUUUAAAUGCAAAGGAUUUUCAAUCCAGGGUGGACUUUUCUGCAAAGUUGAGGGUCCUGGAUUUCCCAAGUGCACAGACCAGGAGGAUACUCUGUUUCCAGAAGAAGGUUUAUUUGCAUUUUUUUUAGUCCAUUUUUGACCCGGUUCAACAUUCAGCCUCCUUGGACAGCCUAGCCCACAGCUGUGAUGACCCUUUCUGGCAGUAGCUGUGCCAGCACCAUGUCCGGCCACACUGUCCUAAGCGCUGAAGAUGUGGACAUUGAUGUGGUGGGAGAAGAUGAACCGCUGGAGAAGGACAGUGACUGCGAAAGCCACCAAGAGAACAUGGAUGAGGUUGAGGAUCUGGUUGUGGGGAAGGAGCUUUCUAGGAGUCCUUCAGACAGUGCCAACGAGACAGAGGGCAAAGGAGACCUCCAGGAGGGCAGCAACGCAGGGGCAAUCCACAAGCCCAAAAGCAGCCUGGUGAAGCCCCCCUACUCCUACAUCGCCCUGAUCACCAUGGCCAUCCUGCAGAGCCCCCAGAAGAAGCUCACCCUGAGUGGCAUCUGUGAAUUCAUCAGCAAUCGCUUCCCCUACUACAGGGAGAAGUUCCCCGCCUGGCAGAACUCCAUCAGACACAACCUCUCCCUCAAUGACUGCUUUGUGAAGAUCCCCAGGGAACCAGGCAACCCUGGCAAGGGUAACUACUGGACCCUGGACCCACAGUCCGAAGAUAUGUUUGACAACGGGAGCUUCCUAAGGAGGAGGAAAAGGUUUAAAAGGCACCAACCGGACAACCUGAGGGAACAGACUGCACUCAUGAUGCAGAGUUUUGGGGCUUACAGCCUGGCCAGCCCCUAUGGACGCCCCUAUGGGCUUCACCCCGCGGCUUACCAUCACCAUGCUGCUUUGCAGUACCCCUAUAUCCCACCGGUGGGGCCCAUGCUGCCACCAGCUGUCCCCCUUUUGCCUUCCAGUGAACUCAGCAGAAAAGCCUUCAGCUCCCAGCUCAGCCCUAGCCUCCAAUUGCAACUAAAUAGUCUGAGCACAGCAGCCUCCAUCAUCAAGUCUGAACCAAGCAGCAGACCCUCAUUCAGCAUAGAGAACAUUAUUGGGGUAUCAGCUGCCUCCUCUACAGGGGCCCAGACUUUCCUGAGGCCCCCAGUGACAGUGCAAUCAGCUCUGAUGAGCCACCAACCCCUGUCCCUCUCCAGGAGUGCAGCAGCCAUCACCCCAAUCCUAAGUGUACCCACAAACCUUAUAUCAGGACAAUUUUUACCUACAGCUGCCACAGUAGCCAAAUGGCCAGCACAAUGAUCUGGGAGAACACGGACUCACCUAAUCCCCCCCCCCCUAUAACCCCACAACAGAACUGAAGGACUCUGAAAUUUAUUAUAAAACUGUACAAAACUGGAAUGCUUUCUGUACAGGUAAAAAAAAUCACAAAAAAUAUAACACGACUGUUUGUACAUAUUUGUAUUUGACAAAAAAUAUGAUCAAUUUUACUUUCUGGCUUUUUAUUUUUUUAAGAAAAUUGUAGAACAGAGCACUGAGCCUUUUUUUUUGAAGGUUCACUCUCUUUAUGACUAAUGUACAAAAAGGAAAAGGUAAUUUUAAAUAGUACAUUUUUCAAGAAAAAGAAAAAAAAUGCAGUCAUUCUAUUAAAAAGUCUGUUUAUAUAUGAAUGGAUAUAUAUGUAUUCUAAAUGUUAAUUCCUCGUGCUGUAUACAUUUUUGUAAAUAAAUUUUUUAAAAU